GACAUAACGGUUAUGUAUCUUUUAUUUUCAGGGUGAUAAAUGCAGGGAAGAGCACACACAAUGAAGAUCAAGCAAGUUGUGAAGUGAUGUUUCUGAAGAAGAAAGCUGGAAUCCAGUCCACCCCAAACAAGUCUUCGUCAAACAAGCGACGAUCAUCACUACCUAACGGGGAAGGCUUACAGCUAAGAGAAAACCCAGAAGCGGAUGGAAUAACCUUUCAAUAUUGGGCCCUGUUUGAUGGACAUGCAGGUGCUGGAGCAGCUGUUGUAGCAUCAAAGCUUCUGCAUCACCACAUCACAGAUCAGCUACAGGACAUUGUAGAAAUCCUAAAGAACUCAGCAGUUUUACCUCCUACAUGUCUAGGAGAGGAUCCAGAAACCACGUCCAGUAAUAGCAGGACUCUGACCAGAGCUGCCUCAUUACGCGGGGCCGCCGGUGCACCAGGCUCACCAAGCACACCUCCAACACGCUUCUUCACAGAGAAAAAGGUUCAACAUGAGAGUCUGAUCGUCGGAGCACUUGAAAAUGCCUUUAAGGAAAUGGAUCUGCAAAUCGAGCGAGAGAGAAGCACUUACAAUAUAUCUGGAGGCUGUACAUCUCUUGUCGUUGUCUACUUACUGGGGAAAAUCUAUGUAUCCAAUGCUGGUGACAGCAGGGCUAUAAUUAUCCGAAAUGGAGAAAUAAUUCCAAUGUCUUCCGAGUUCACUCCCGAAACAGAGCGCCAAAGGCUGCAGUACCUGGCUUUUAUUCAGCCUCAUCUACUGGGGAAUGAGUUCACACAUUUAGAAUUUCCAAGAAGAGUGCAGCGCAAGGAGCUGGGCAAGAUGAUGCUAUACAGAGACUUCAAUAUGACAGGCUGGGCCUACAAGACAAUUGAAGAAGACGAUUUAAAAUUCCCUCUAAUAUACGGAGAAGGAAAAAAGGCUCGGGUAAUGGCUACGAUUGGAGUAACUAGGGGACUUGGUGAUCAUGAUUUGAAAGUUCAUGAUUCAAAUAUUUACAUUAAACCCUUUCUGUCUUCUGUGCCAGAGGUGCGAGUUUAUGAUCUUCAGCAAUAUGAGCACAGUGCAGAUGAUGUGCUAGUUUUGGCAACAGAUGGCCUCUGGGAUGUCUUGCUAAAUGAAGAAGUGUCCGAAGCUGUUACAAAUUUCCUAGCAUGCUGUGACCCAGAUGACCCUCACAGAUACACACUGGCAGCUCAGGACCUGGUAAUGCGAGCAAGAGGUGUACUGAAAGACAGAGGCUGGAGAAUAUCUAAUGACAGGCUUGGCUCAGGAGAUGACAUCUCGGUGUACGUCAUACCAUUAAUACAUGGCAGCAAACAGUCUUAA